AUGGAAGCUGGUACAAUGCAAAUUGAUGCUGUCGGGCAUAAUCUAUUUAUUGCUAAUAUUUGUCCUAAUCAAAUUGAUGCAAUAUCUUUAAAUGAUCUCUAUCAUACAAUAAUUUCAUAUCGUUGUAUGAAUUCAUAUGAUACAAAAGUACUUGAUGUUGAAGUAAAUCAUUUACGUGGUUUUGAUUUUCUUACACAUUUCUAUCCUCCAAUAUCAUCAUCAACAACAAGAAUUAGUGAAAAGGAUGAUAUAACAUUAACACAUUAG